CCUUUUCAUGACAGGGGAACUUGUGCGAUAAUAAUAGUGUUUCACCUUUCUUAAUCCUUGCUCUUCUUUGCUAACUGUAACUGAUACCUGUUACGGUCAAACAAGUUUGAUCAGCUAGUUUCCGGUUUGGUCGGGACACUCGGACGGUUGUUAUGGGAAUGAGACGCCUGCUAAGCUUGCUCAUUAAUGCUCAAAGAAUGGUCAGGACCGUGUUCUUUACCGUCCCUCCGUUUAAGUUUAAAAAUAGUACAUCUCUACUUUGCACGUCGUCUUUCCAGGGUGAUAGCAUUUGCAACGGGACGCACGGAGGAAAGGCGCUGCAGUCAGACGCUCAGCUGUUUGAAGCCCAGUUUGACGAGCUAGUGGCGGAGCUGACAGAGAGAGACCUCACGGAUCAUGUGCUGGCUGAUGCCCUGAACAGGUUGAGAGAGGUUUUGGUGUACAAUGCUCCUGGAGGCAAGAGGAACAGAGGCCUGUCUGUGAUUGGCUCAUUGCGGGAGCUUCUGCCACCCGCUCAGCUCACCCAGGACACCGUACAGCGGGCUCUGUUGGUUGGCUGGUGCAUUGAAUUGCUUCAGGCAUUUUUCCUCGUGGCUGAUGAUAUUAUGGAUGCAUCUGUGACUCGGAGAGGACAACCCUGCUGGUACAAGAAGGAUGGAAUAGGUCUGGAUGCCAUCAAUGAUGGGUUUCUCUUGGAAGGGUCAAUCUACAGACUACUUCGCAGACACUGCAGGGAUCAGCCCUACUAUGUCCACCUACUUGAGCUAUUUACUGAGACAUCUUUCCAGACAGAGCUCGGCCAAGCUCUGGACCUCAUGACGGCUCCACCUGGUCAGAUUGACCUCAAUAGAUUCACCAUGGAGAGGUAUAAAGCUAUUGUAAAAUAUAAGACUGCCUUCUACUCCUUUUACCUCCCAGUGGCAGCAGCAAUGUACAUGGCUGGAAUUGUGAGUGAAGAAGAACACAAUAAUGCCAAACACAUCUUACUUGAGAUGGGAGAGUUCUUCCAAAUACAGGAUGAUUACCUAGACUGUUACGGAGACCCUGCUGUGACUGGAAAGAUUGGUACAGACAUCCAGGAUAACAAAUGCAGCUGGCUGGUAGUGACGGCCAUGGAAGUCAUGACUCCUGAACAGAGAGUGGAGCUGGAGGCAUGUUACGGACGCCAUGAUGAUGCCAGUGUGGAAAAGGUCAAAGCUCUGUACAACACCCUGCAAAUGCCAACACUGUACCACAACUAUGAAGAUGAGAGCUACCAGCGGCUACAGAAGCUCAUCGCAUGUCACGCUCAAAACCUUCCUCACUCAGUUUUCCUCAACUUUGCCAAGAAAAUCUACAAGAGGAACAAGUGAGAAAGAAUGAUGGUCUCUGGAAGUUAUAUAAACUGUGUCAGGUACAUCAGCCCGGUCCCCCUUUUGACUCUUGUCAUGAUGCACAGAUUAACUUUAGGAGUGGGACGAGGCUCUGACUACAGCAGCAUGGCCCGAACACGACUGUGAUAUUUAGAAAUCCUGCAGGCAGUUUUGUUUUUACUUUUCAGUGAUUCGUAAAUAUUUGGUUGUGAAUGUUAUCGAAUAGUCUGUCUUUUGCUCCUUGUUAUCUAUUUAUUGAACCUAGCGCAUUAUGUACAGUCUCUCCACUCAUUUCUCUACUGAGGAGGAAUGAUGUCGUUAUGGAUUACACACACGGAUUGUUUUAAAUAGCUCACUUUGUUAAAAGAAUGUAUGGCAGGAUGAGGCUACAAAUGAAAUUGUCAAACUAGUUUUGAUCCUGUAGGAAUAGAUUUAUUAAUUGAUUAGGGGCCAAAAAGGACAGUGCAUGUAUGACGUAAGAUGCAUCCAGGCACAGGACAGAACAUAGGCUUUCUUAAUUCCAUAUAUUUUUAUAUUGCUGCUAUAAAGUCUGUACUGGCCUGAAUUUUAAUAAAAAAAAAUACAUGACUAGUA